AACUGCAAGGGAAGAGGUUGGCCCUUUCAAGUCUCACGUUCAACCCGCGUAAACAAAGCCAGCUAGCUAGCUAGCUUUUGACAGAAGGAGAAGGAACCAGCAUGAACAAAACAUAGCAACGAAUGAUUUGCCAGAUGCAGAUCAAGCUGCAAGUCUUGCCUCUCCCAUCUCCUCAUUGGUUUAUAGAAGCAGAUACCCACGUGCCAUCUCUGCAUUGGUUAUACCCACGUGGGUGAUUGAAAGACGAACUGUGUUGCAGGUUGUAGUGGUAAUACUGUGAAAGUUUUUAAAUGCCCUUCACCAUAUAAGUUCAAAGAUGAAAAAGCCUGGAAGGAGGAGAGAUGACUAGAAACAAUUCGGUUGACCAUUUUAUGUGUGGAUUAAUUGUCGGAGUAGAGGACCUUAUGCAUUUCAGCAAGGUUCAAGAGCAGGGCCCAUAAAUAAAAGAGGUGGAUGAGGAGCCUUAGAGAAGCGCGGGACCAGUGAGGGCACCAGAGGUCCCACAGUACUUCACAGGGCUUUCCUUGCACCAUGGCUCGACCACUGGGAGAAAGCCAUAAAAGGUUCCUGCAAACCAUGAUGGUCAAUGGGAUCAUUGAUGGUGCCAAGGCAAGGGCUCUCCACCGGCAUUGCUGUGAGACACACGGUGCACACUAUGCUCAUGAUAAACUUGAUGAAUUCAUUGAGGUUAUCAAUGCCCAACUACAGCCCAUGUUCAUGCAGAUCAGAAAAGGGAUAUCUGAGGAGGAUGGUCUUCAAUACCAUGCUUUGGUGAACAUGGCUGAAACUGAUGUGACCAGGAUGUCAACUGAUUAUGCAGACAACGAGUUGGAAUUAUUCCGAAAAACAAUGGACCUGAUUGUGGACUCUGACAAUGGAACCGCCUCUUCCACAGACAUUCUUAACUGUGCCGACAGCCUCCAGACAAAGAAGCUAAAGAAAAGAGAAACGGAACAUGUACUGAACAGGCUUGUUCAGGAUAAGUGGCUGAAUGAGAAAAAUGGUGACUACUCUCUCUCCACUCGAUGUAUAAUGGAGAUGGAGCAAUAUAUUCGGAUGUUGUAUCAAGACCAGGUCAAGGUCUGCCACAUCUGUCACAAUGUGGCCUUGCAGUGCCAGAUGUGUGAAAAUCCUACAUGUGGCAUCAAAAUCCACACCCCUUGUGUCGCCAGAUACUUCAAAGGAAGGACUGAUCCACGAUGCCCUGCCUGUGAGGACUUCUGGCCACAUGAGAUCCCAGAUGUGUAUAGAUCUCCGUCCUCUCAGAGCGAGACUCAGUCAGCAGCCAAAGAGAAUACGGCCCCCACUCCUCGGUCUACAGCUCAGACCCGGAGGACCAGGAGGUCAUAACCUCACGGAUGCAUGUAUAGCUGUCAGAACUUUCAGUACAAUGUUUUUCCUUCAUUCAAAUGUACAAAUCAAUUUACUUAAGUUUGAAAGUUGAAAACGUUUUUAUAAUUGUAUAUCAAAUGUUAGAUACUUUCAGGAGAACAUCUUUCAUUGAAUUGUCAAUGGUCUCCCGUGAGCUCCUCUUAACUUGAUUAUCUUAAUUUUAUUAAGUUACUUUCUAGGGGAGCAAUUCUGGGAAGUGUGGCAACUACAAUCAUUCUUUCAGGCAGUUUAAAUGGAAAGCUGUGUCUACAUCAUUUGUGCCUGUGGUUCAUUAGGUUGUUAAAUUAGAAUAGUACUGCCUUAUUUGAAUAAAUUAUGGAAAUGACCUAA